AUGUCAAAAUAUAUUGUUGAGAAUAACAUUAGAAAAGUAAUACCAUACUAUACAGACUUUCAAACAUUUGUUAAGAAAAGAUGGGAAGGAAAAACUAUCAUUGAUAUUUAUGAAUCUGAUUUUGGAGAAUGUGAAGAAAAUAUUCUUGAUGAUAUUGAAUCAGAGAAAUUAUACAUUGUCACCAACAGCAAUAAACCUAAUGACCAAUCAAUUUUAACAGGUGUCGAUAAACUAACUAAAAGAAAGCUUGAUGAGAAGGAUAUAAUAUGUCAUACCAAACAUCGACAUGAACCACCUAUACCAUGGUAUAAUGACAUUAUUAAACUGAUAUAUGAAGAUAAUGAGAUAUUAGUAGUGGACAAACCAUCUGGUAUACCAACACACCCAACAGGCAAUUACUAUCAUAAUUCAUUAUCAGAAAUAAUCAAACAACAAUAUAAUAUGGAUUCUAUUUGGACUUGUCAUAGAUUAGAUAAAGUGACAUCAGGAGUUCUUGUUCUUGCAAAGACUAAGAAUGGUGGAGUGAAAUUUCUGAAAUUAAUGAGAGAUUCUAAACAACACACAAAGAAAACAUAUUUGGCCCGAGUUUCUGGUAAAUUUCCUGAAGGUAUACAUCAAUAUCGAUGUCCAAUAUUUGCCGUUAAUAUGAAUGGAUAUUUAAUGUCAGGAAAUAUGGAGGAAUUACCGACGGAUUCAACAACAGUAUUUGAACAAAUCAAAUAUAAUGCAUGUUUGGAUCAAAGUUUGAUUAAAUGUAUUCCCAUAACGGGGAAAUUUCAUCAAAUAAGAAUUCAUCUACGUAACUUAGGGUUCCCGAUUGUUAAUGAUUCAUUUUAUCAACCAGAUAAACAAAAGAAUCAACUUACAUUACAGAAAUGCAAUAUUGAGAGGCAAUUGUAUAGUAAAUUGUUUGUUAAGUAUCCCCAGUUUGAGAAUUUCAAUGACAAGAACAACUUAACUAUUGUUGAUUCUCAUAUAAAUUUACUAGAAAUCAUUGAUUGGCAUAAUGAUGAAAAAUUAAAAGAUCUGCUCCUGAAAUUAAGGAAGGGUCAUGUUGAAAUGUUGGCUCAACAAAAACUGAUCAAUUGCAAUGAAUGUAAAAGAUCUUUAAUUGAUACAGAAUAUAAACUGAAUUCAAUGGUAUGGUUACAUGCAUUAAGCUUCAAAUAUGAUAAUUAUCAUUUUGAAACUGACUAUCCAGAUUGGGCUAAUAUAUAG